CUAAGGGUGUGUUGCUUAGGGUGUUACCCACAGUGGCACAGUGCAAUCCGUUCGCUCGGGGAGUGUGUAACACAACGGUAGCAAUUUGGUAACUGGCUGGCGUAAAAUGACUUGGAAACGUCCGGAACAUAUUCCAUACCCGUCCGUAUGGCAUACAUUCCAAGCCAAGGAUACGGAGAGCGAUCAAGUGGUCACCUACCGGGUGCAGGAUCUUCCGGAGGAACGUUUUGAAGAAGCGAUCGCGCACAUGAUGGAAUACUUCGUGUACGAUGAGCCGACGUGCCGUGCAAAAGAUAUCGUCAAUGAGCAGCAAAGCGUUGAUGAGAUUGCCGACCUGUGGCGUGAAUUCGUGAAGCUGCGUCUUGUGCUCGUGUGCUUCAAGGAAGGCAGCGAUGAAAUUGCCGGCAUGAACAUGCUGUACGUUUCACAGCAAAGUGACAAGGAAGAGUAUCAGUGCAAGGGAAGCGUUUGGCGAUGCAUCUACGAUCUUGUCGAUUAUACGAUGAAGAAGGCAAACGUCUACGAGCGAUACGGGGUCGACAAAUAUCUUGGCGCAAUGGGACUGUCGGUGGCGCCCAACUACCGUGGACGGGGCAUAGCCACUGAAAUUCUGCGUGCGCGCAUUCCUCUGUGCAAGGCCGUUGGUUUGCCCCUAACAUCCACCUGUUUCACCGCGAUCGGAUCGCAAGUAGCAGCAGCAAAGGCCGGUUAUGAGGAAACGUACGUGGUGUCGUACGAAGACAUGGCCAAGGUGGACGAACGCUUCGUCUUUCCCAACAUUACCACCAAGUAUGUAAAGUGUAUGUCCAAACGUGUAGAAUAAAGCCAAUUUGAGAACAAUA